AUGCCGCCAUUCCUCAAUAUGCGGAGAUUCUCUCGUUCGAGUUCCGUGCACAAUCCCCAGGCGCCCCAAUCACCGCCAACCUCGUUUACACCGCCGCUCACGCACGCGCCCAUGAUGCCCAACGGCACUUCUGGGUCUCAUCAUGACUCCCACUCCAGACCAGUCUCUGCCAAUACCAGUUCGAGCUUUGACUUUGCAAAUCGCCCUCCGCAACAGUAUCAAAUGUCCGCGCUGCCGUCAAACGUCGUCAGUAACCUUUCGCGCACGGAUCAGAUCGUCCUCCGGCACUUCUGGGACGUCAAGCACGAGGAGAACAAGACUAGAGAUCUGCACUUCCUCAAAUUCCCAUUCUUCUCUCAAUACCCCAGUCACCAAGAUCUGAUUCCGUACUGCGAGGUCUAUCACUUGGUCAAGACUUCUCCCGGCGCAAAAAUCAUCAGCUUGGGCAGCACCAACAAUGGCGUCUACAUAGGCUUGUCACACAAGCACGCUCCUAUCCGCAACUCGAUCCGAGACAGAUUCGAACUCUUCUCCGGAUCUCAACUCCACAUCGACAUGGACGACUCCUGGCACAAUAUCUCUCACCACCGCGUGACGUUCAAAGCCUACGACAGCGCGCUUAAAGACCCGACCUCGGACAACACGUUCAAGUCGUGGCCUAAACCUCUCACCAUUGAGUUCCUCGAGGAGCAGUAUCAACGCUGGAUGCUCGAUCUCACCAGUUUUUGCUGGGACACCGCCGAGGUUAGAGAGCUUGGCGGCAGCGGCAACGGUGAGGAGAGCGGCCAGGGCAGCGUGCAGGGAGACCUCAAAGACGAGAUGUUGUGA